GGUUUCUUACUCUCAACCAUAACAUCAGGUAGCACAUAGAAAAAGACAGACAUUAGAAUUUCAUCAUGAGCUCAUACAACGUGAAGCAAACCUAUUCAUCGUCAGGAUCCUCAAGUGGCUUGGGGUUAGGUGGUGGUUCAAACAGGGUGUCUAUGGGUAGCUACAGGGCACCUAGCAUCCAUGGAGGUAGCGGCGGCAGAAAUGUCUCUAUCUCAAGGGUAGUGUCUUCUGGGGGUAGUGGCCUUGGUAGCUGUUAUGGUGGUGGACAAGGUGGUGGACUAGGUGGUGGACAAGGUGGUGGACUAGGUGGUGGACAAGGCGGUGUAGGUAGUGGUUUUGGUGGCAACUACUCAUCUAACUUUGGUUAUGGCCAAGGAGGUGGAUAUGGAGGUGGAUAUGGUGGUGGAUUUGGAGGUGGAUUUGGAGGUGGAUUUGGAGGUGGAGAUAGUCUCCUGACUGGAGGGGAGAAGGAAACCAUGCAGAACCUGAAUGACCGUCUAGCCUCCUACCUGGACAAGGUGCGCGCCCUGGAAGAGGCUAAUUCUGAUCUGGAGAUCAAGAUCAGGCAGUGGUAUGAGAAGCAAGCCCCCGGGCCAUCUCAUGACUACAGCCAAUACUACAAAAUUAUUGAGGAUCUUCGUAACAAGAUUCAGAAUGCUACUGUGGAUAAUGCCACCGUGGUCCUGCAGGUUGACAAUGCCAAACUGGCCGCCGAUGACUUCAGAUCCAAGUAUGAAACUGAACAUUCCCUGAGAAUGAAUGUUGAGGCUGACAUCAACGGCCUUCGCAAAGUUCUGGAUGAACUAACCCUAACCAGGUCUGACCUGGAGCUCCAGAUUGAGAGCUUAAAGGAAGAGUUGGCCUACUUGAAGAAGAACCAUGAAGAGGAGAUGAAUGCCCUGCGUGGACAAGUCCGUGGCACUGUCAAUGUGGAAAUGGAUGCUGCCCCAGCUAAUGACCUGAGCAAGAUCUUGUCUGAAAUGAGAAGCCAAUAUGAAGGUCUGGCUGAAAAGAACCGAAAGGAAGUUGAAGAAUGGUACUUCAAGAGGACAGAAGAACUGAGCAGAGAAGUUGCAACCCACAGUGAACAGAUCCACUCCAGCAAAUCAGAAAUGACCGACCUCAAACGUACACUUCAAAGCUUAGAAAUCGAACUUCAGACCCAAUUAAGUAUGAAAUCAGCAUUAGAAGGUACCUUGGCAGACACAGAAGGCCGAUAUUGCGUACAGCUCUCCCAGAUACAGGAUCUUAUCAGCAGUGUAGAAGCUCAGCUUGGCGAGCUGCGGUCAGAUAUGGAACGACAGAGCUAUGAAUACAAAAUCCUCAUGGACGUCAAGACACGUCUUGAACAGGAAAUCGCCACCUACAGACGCCUCCUGGAGGGAGAAGAUGUCAAAAUUCCCUACAAAGAAAGCCCUCAAACCACACGUCAAGUCCGCACCAUCAUUCAGGAAACCGUUGAUGGAAAAGUUGUUUCUUCAAGUGAAAAAGUCCAACAUGCAAAGUACUAACGAAAUACAGGGUUCCAAAUCUAGCACAUGUCUGAUUGAAAAGAUGAUGCACGUAUUCUAACAUGUUCUACAGUUACUGAUCCACCUAUAACACUGCAGAACCACUGAAAUACCAUAAAGACUAUAUCUGAUCUGCAAGACAUCGAUCAUUGGAUAAAUGAAAAUCAUCAAUCAUUGAUAUAUUGUGCUGGAUCCUUUACUCUUAUAAUGUCUGCACUGUAAUUCUCAUGCUACUUCUUGAGGCCUCUUUUUUUAUCUCUUUUAACGAAUAAAAUAUUCAGCUUUUUCAUGCA